AUGUUUUCAUUAAUUUGUUUAUCAACUUAUAACACACAAGGAUUUUACACCGUUACAUUAAACAAUAAUAAUCCUUCAAUCGAAAUUAAUCCUUCUCUCACGAACUCACAAGUAUAUCUGACAUAUCAAAUGCCAGAUUAUACGUAUAAUUCUCCUACAUUAAAUUUUACAUACCCUGAUAAACAGAAAGCAUUUUCUACUUCGUUUACCUCCAGUAUUGGAAUCGUAUUUAAAUAUUCUCAUGUCAUAAUUGCUUUAAAUUCAGAACUUUCAUCAAUUCAAUUUAAUAUUUACAUUAUAAGUAAUAAAAUAUGCGAUUAUUCAUUUCUUGCAGAAAGAAACAUCAAGCUUCACAUAAGUCCGUAUUCUUCAAGCAAUAUUUGCGUUUUCCCUCAUAAUAUUCCAAGUAAAGUAAAGUUUGAGAGCGAUUAUGUUCAUGUAACGAUGUUUGCUAUCAAAAAUCUUAAUGACUACGAUUAUUCUUCAGAGAUCACAGAUUUUGUCCAACCUACAAUUCUUGUUUCAGAAAACAUGUAUAGUGAUACAUCAACAUUCAAUAUUUACGAUUCAACAGAUCCAGACAUGAAAGAAUUUUGUCUAUCAUUUCUGAGCCGAUCAUAA